GUUUAGAAAGAAAAUUUGUUAAAUGUUGUUAAAUGUUGUUAAAUGUUGUUAAAACGUUAAUAAGUGUUGCUCCCGAAAACGCAUAAAGGAAGACAAGGUCGAUGAUUCUUGAGAGAAUAUUCUAGCCGUGCGUGACUCAUGUGAAUGCAUUACCUUUGGAUGUGCGUCAUUUUUAGACCAGGCGUGGGUUGUGGAAAUUACCUGUGAAGAAAAUAGAAAUUCAGUGCUUUCUUAUUCAUCUUAACAGCGUUCCUACUGGCUCAUUGUCUUCCAAAUGCCAUAUUUCUUGAUCCAUCUUUAUUUGUUCUUGGUUGAUUUUGCGAUGUUAAACAACAAACCUCAGUGGUAUAUUGAGUGGGAAGAUGAGAGAUACACGUGUACCAGUGAACAACAGAAAAAUGUUGCUAUGGCCAGUAAAUUCAACAUUCCUAGGGAUGGAGAAACAAGAUUUGGUUUAUUUCCGCCCUUGAUCGUGAUCUUGAUAAAUAGAAACAAUUGGAGAAUUGUGCAAUCAAAAUCAAAAAAUAAGAAAAUUCUACAAUUAGUAGUGUUACACAAACUAUCAAAGAACUUAUUUCUCUAGAACAGAUUUCAAAUUCCUUUGGAAUGUCUCUUGUUCCAAUGAUGUUCCGUGACUGGUGGGACGAUUUCGACACUCCACUACGCAGCUCACGGCUGCUGGAUCAGCAUUUCGGUACCGGACUUCGUGCUGAUGAUCUCUUUUCGUCACUAUCCACCCGCACCCCAACCUCUCCACUGCUGCGCUCCGGCUACUACCGACCAUGGCGUAACACUGCUCUCGCCCGUCAGGAUUCCGGUUCCACACUGAACCUCGACAAGGACAAAUAUCAGAUCAUUCUCGAUGUGCAGCAGUUCACGCCGGAGGAGAUCACAGUGAAAACCACCGAUCGGUGCGUCGUCGUUGAGGGAAAGCACGAGGAGAAACAGGACGAGCAUGGUUACGUUUCACGUCACUUCACACGUCGUUAUAUGCUGCCAAGUGGACACGAUCCAAUGGACGUUGUCUCGACACUCUCCUCGGACGGUGUUCUGACGGUGACGGCCCCGAAGAAAGCUCUUCCCGCUUCCAACCCAGAGCGGAGUGUUCCAAUCCAGCAGACCGGCCAACCGGCCAAAGAACAGAGUGAACCGAAGAUUGAGCAGCCGAAGUGAGGGAAAUGCGGGACUCAACAUCUGGAUGAGGAACACAACUGAAUGAUGCUUUUAUGUUGUAUUGUUCGUAUUGAAGUAUUAGAUGCUUUUGUUAUUAUGGUAAACAACAUUUUUAUAGACAGGCUUUAUUGUUUUUUUUUUCAGUUCAGUAUGAUAAUAUAUUAAUUUAAAGAUGUGUCUGAGCCUAAACAGUAAAUGUCAAUUGUAUAAUUCACUGCUGUACUCUCUACCAAAAUACAUGAAAUAGUUUCAAUAAAAGCGAUAGGUCCUUAGUAUCUCUAAUUCAUAAAAUUCA